AUGGAGGCGGCAUCGACGACGACUCCCGCUGGCACGGUCAUCUCCAAUGAACAACCAUACGUUGACCUUCCACCCCAAGCCGACGGGGUUGAUUGGCUUCUGCAAUUCACCGUGAGCCAGAAACCCACAAACUGUGGCUGGUGGGCGACAAUUGACACGCCCACAUACACUUCGAUGCUGAACUAG